AUGGUCCUGGGGAAAACCCGAGGUCACCGCAUUGGUCGCCGUAAAAAGACUCUUAUCAGCAGACUUGUUCCUAGUUGUGGACGCAUAUUCAAAAUGGUUAGUAGUAGUGCUGAUGAAUCCCACUACAGCGAAAUCAGUCAUCAAGUGAUCUCUGAGCAAGUCAACGCCAGAAGCUCCAGCCGCAGCCUGGGAAAAGUUCCAGGAGGUUACACCAGGCAGGUCUGCAAGAGCAACAGAUCAAAGGAAGAGUUACAAACCUUCUCCAAUUUCAUGAAGGAAAUCUGGCCUGUGGUAGGAAGAGAAGUGCUUUCUGCCUUUGACCUGUCCCAGUUCCCACUCAUUUGCGAUCUGGGUGGAAACACUGGUGGCUUAGCUAAGGAAUUGAUUUCACUCUACCCAAGAUGUACUGUGACCAUUUUUGACCUUCCUAAACUAGCAGAAGCCUCCAAGAACCAUUAUUUGCCUUCAGGAGAGACCCGGAUCACUUUCCAUGCAGGUGAUUUUUUAAAAGAUCCCAUUCCUGAAACAGACCUGUACAUUUUGGCCAGGACUCUGCAUGACUGGUCAGAUGAGAAAUGUCUGCAGCUGUUACGCAAAGUUUACCAGGCCUGCAAACCUGAGUUGAUCAUUUCAACUGCCUGUGAACUGGGUGUCUUUGAUCUGCUGAGAGAGUCGAGGGAACAGCUGUCUUCCACAACUAUUGCAGAACGCUUGAGCACCAGCCCCAUUGGGAUGCAGAAGCUGCUGGAGGCCUGUGUGGGGUUAAAGUUCCUGACACUGGAGUGCAAAGAUGGCAAAGGUAAUCUUAUUUUGAACAAAAAGAACCUGGAAAUGAUUCCAAGUCACUUUAGCUGUACUCCAAUUCAGCUAAUGAGGAGUGGGAACCUGUGA